AUGGUGUAUCGUGGAAAGCCAAGCAAUGCCUGCGAGCGCUGUCGGACUCGUCGCUUGAAGUGUGAUCAAGGAGCUCCAGAAUGCUUCCGCGAUCAAAGCCAGGAAGUGAUCCGUAAAUCGCAACGCCUCACACACAAGCAACAGCGCACGGUGCCCACUAUCGCCAGAACGACCGAGGACCCAGUUGAUCAUACGGUUGCCAGCACUGCUGCAUCAUCCUUCGAAACUGGCGGUCUUUCUCCCAGACGUGGCCCUGUGUAUCCGGAGCAGGAACUUGCGAAGGGCUAUCUAUUCUCACAUUACAUGUCCGGCGGUCCUCGUGGCGGCCACAUGUCGUAUUUAAUUCCUUUGAUCAAUGACCCAGCAAAUUCGGCUGUCAAUGCUGCCCUGAAUGCUGUGGGAUUGGCCGCCCUGUCCAACAUUCGUUUAGCUCCACAGAUGAUGUUGAAGGCACGACGCGAAUACACCACUGCAUUAUCGCAGACGAACCAUGCCUUGAAAGAUGCUGUCAUGUCAAAGAGGGAUGACAUCCUGGCGGCAGUGGUUUUACUGGGCAUGUUUGAAGUGAUGACCUGCACGGAUGACUCAUUCAUCGAACGUUGGAUGAAGCACAUGGAGGGCGCCGCGAAGCUAAUCGAGUUUCGAGGUCCGGAGCAGCUGACUAGACAGGAAGGAUUAGACAUGUUUACUCAGUUGCGGGCGCAGAUUAGCGUUAGCAAAAUUUACCGAGAACAGUAUAGCUCACCAAUACUCGCCCAGCUGACGGAGAGCGCUAAGCUUCAUCGGAACUCCGAGGACCAAAUCCAGGAUGACUUGGGUCUUUUAGUUAUCAAGCUCAGCAACUUCUGCGCAUCAUUGAAAAACAAAACCAUAACGGAGCCAAGCGAGAUUCUGCGUACUGCCUUGACUAUUGAUGCAGAACUUAUGGCAUUAUUUCUAAGCGUGCGUCCUCCAUGGAACUACCAAACCGUCAAGGUCCCAAUAGUUGACGGAGAGCGCAUCACUCAAGCUGUCUGGGGGAACAGCUAUCACGUGUACAGCAACCUGACUGCAAGCAGCUUGUGGAAUAACUACCGUUCUGCUCGAAUCCUCAUUCACGAACUGAUCAUUGACACCGUGAAUGACAUCAACUCUCUAGGGUAUGAUGACAAUGGUUCUCAACAGCGGCUCAACUUGGCUAGCCAGAGCCGUCAGAUCGCGCAACAACUCGUGGAAGACAUUUGUGCUAGCGUUCCAUUUCAUUUGGGUGCAGGCAUAGAAGGCGGCCACGAGUUUGAGACUUUCAGUCUAGCGGCCGAGGACGUCUCCGAUAUCAGCUGUUGGGAUUUCUUGUCUGGCUCAUUUCCGUUUGCCCCGUCACCAUGGUCACCGAUGACCCAACAAAAUUCAGGGCCGUCAUCAUCUAGCGCUGACUCCACGCACCAAUCCUAUACUGCUUCCUUCCCAGGCCCCACAAUUAGCACGGGAUCAGGAGGCAUGUGGAAGUCACCUUCUAGUCCGUUCAAGGUGACGGGAGCAGGGGGCGUCACGCUAGUCUGGCCAUUAUUGAUUGCUGCAAAUUCGGGCUUGGCCUCCGAUGAGCUUCGUAAAUGGAUCACAUUAUGUCUUGAUAAGAUUGGAUACUCCAUGGGCAUCAACCAAGCGCUGGCUAUGGCCAAAUUACUGCGGAAAGGUAUGCAUUCUCGGGCCUGGCUGACACCGGAGAACGGUACGCCGAGUUUUGAUGGUUAG